CGAGCCACAUUCGACGACCGCCAAUAAGGUUUCGAACCUCCAAUGAAAGCCCUCAAGUCAAACGAAGCACCUCAUUGUCCUUUCACCCCUUCACUCAAUCCGAUUCCACCCCUCACUCUCCUUCGUUCCAUUCUUAGAUUCUUCUCCAAUAGGUGUGUCAGUUAAGCAUCAAAACUCGAAAAAAUUAUUAAAGAAAAAAAAAAAAGAAAAACUCGGUUUUUCUCAAUUCCCAAAACUACCCUUCCCCCAUUCACGAAAUUUCAGACUCUUUCGUUAAAUACCCCAACUUACCCAGUGUUAUUUUUUUGAUAAUUUUUUCCCUUUCCUAUCCUUUAACUCUCUUUUGCUGCGUUCUCAGAUUGAGAAUAGUAAAGGACGAAAAGAAUUGCAACAGCUCUUUUUGUUGUUAGAAAGUGAAUUUUCUUUUUUUUUUCGAUUAUAGAUUCGAGAAAUUGAUUGGUCAGGGCUUUCAAAUUGAGGAAUUAGGGUUUUCGAGCGGAUUGAAUUGGCUAGGGUUUUGUUACAAUACCAUUGGUUUUUGAUUUGGGGGUGGGUAUUUUGCUUGGGUUUGAUGAGAAGAAAGGUUGGGUUGGUGGGUUUCUAGGGUUUGUGACAUUGGGGGUGGGUUCAAUGGGGAGCAAUGGAGAGGCUGACCGUAAACGGUGUCACUUUAGCUCCAUAUCAGCCACUGCUGUUGCCGCAAAAACGCAACCAUUCCUGCCAAUUUCUGAGGAGAAAAAACUUAAUACUACAGUUUUGCAGUUUAGGAAUCAAAAGCUUCAACAAAAGUUAGAGGCUCAGAAGGUUGAGUGUUCUGCUCUUGAGAACAAGUUCGUUCAACUGAAGGCGAAACAAAAGCCAUAUGAUUCUAUAUUGAAAGUGGUGAAUAAAACAUGGGAAGCACUGAUUACUGACUUGGAAUCACGUUCCGUCUGCACAAGAGAGUCUGGCAGACGAGAUGUUGGACAUGCACCAAAUAUCGAGGUGUACUUGCUGAGAAGGCAUUUGCAUUGCUAUAUAGGUGGGGCUCCAUCUCUUACUGAGGAUGCUUUUCUUAGCCGACUUAUGGAGACAGGUGCAACUGAAAGUUCCUCAUCCUAUAAUUGCCCUGAGCAGAUUAAAGAAGAUAGAGAACAUACUGCCUCUGACAGGACUGGAAACAUUUUACACAAUAUACUAGUUGCCAUUGAUGACCUAUGGUGCCUGAAGGAUGGAUUAUAUGCUGCAGUUCGGAAAGAGCUUCAGAAUGAUGGUUCAUGCAGGCAGCAGGUGUCUAGUGAACUAGAAUCAGACGUUAAGAAUUUGAGAUUCAGAAUAGGUGAUAUUCAUUUGAAACACAGAUCUUUGGUGAGAGAAUUGCAGAGCCAUAGAGAUAUUGAUGCAAAAAAUAAAGCUGAGCUUAAAUGUCUAAAAGGUGAAUUGGAGAGUGCAGUAGCAGAACUGCAGGAAAGUAAUUGCAAAUUGGCAACUCUUAAAGCUGAAAGAGAGGCAACGAAAGGGGGAUUUUUUCCUGUCUUAAACCUAGGCACCAAGCACAUUGCUGGUGAUAAAGUCAAAGAUAAACAUAGAGAUCUGCAAGAAAUGGAGUCUGCUCUCAAAGAGCUUUUGGAACAAGCAUCGUCUCGACUAACAGAACUAAAAGGUCUUCAUGAAGAAAGAAUAAAAAUAUUACAGCAGUUAUCAAAUUUGCAGAACACAUUGAAGAGUGUAAAGUGUAUUUCAUCUUCCCAAGCUUACCAUUUGGUGAGAGAUCAACUAGAAAAGUCAAAAUCAGAAGUUAUCCACUACCAAGAUUUAUUUGAGAAACUACAGGUUGAGAAAGUUAACUUGGCUUGGAGAGAAAAGGAGUUGAGUAUAAGAAAUGAUAUAGCUGAUGUUUUUCGGAGAUCAUUGACAGUUGCUGAUUCUAGAGCUUCUCAUCUUGGGACAGAGAUACAGCGACAAGUUGAUGAAAAAAAGAGAAUUGAAGCUAAGCUGGAAGAGGCAUCUAGAGAACCAGGAAGAAAGCAAAUAAUUGCUGAAUUUAAGAGCUUGCUUUCUUCAUUUCCGGAGGAAAUGAGUUCAAUGCAGAGUCAAUUAGGUAAGUACAAAGAGGUUGCCGUGGAUGUUCACUCUCUCCAGGCUGACGUGCAAUCUCUUUCCAGCAUUCUUGAUAGGAAGGCUAAAGAAUGUGAGAAUUUAUCUGUGAGAUCUGCUGACCAAGUUGCUGAGAUGCAUAAGUUGCAAGCCAUGGUCCAGGAUUUGAAGGACAGUGAUGUGGAGUUGAAGCUGAUACUGGAUAUGUAUAGACGUGAAUUUGCUGAUUCAAGAGAUGUUAUGGAAGCGAGAGAUUCAGAAUACAAGGCAUGGGCUCAUGUUCAAAGUUUGAAAUCCUGUCUUGAUGAGCAAAAUUUGGAAUUGCGUGUUAAGACAGCCAAUGAAGCUGAAGCGAUAUCUCAGCAAAGGUUGGCUGCUGCAGAAGCGGAAAUUGCUAACUUGAGACAGAAACUGGAGGCUUCUAAGAGGGAUAAGGCUAGUCUUUCUGAUGCUUUAAAAUCCAAAAACGAAGAAAAUGAGGCUUACUUAUCCGAAAUAGAGUCUAUUGGGCAGGCAUAUGAUGACAUGCAAACACAAGACCAGCAGCUAUUGCUGCAAAUUACAGAGAGAGAUGACUAUAACAUCAAGCUUGUCUUGGAAGGUGUGAGGGCAAAACAGCUGCAAGACGCUCUACUUUUGGAGAAACAUACCAUGGAGAAGGAGAUUCAGCAAGCGAGUGCAUCCCUUGAUUUUUAUGACAUGAAAGCUGCAAGAAUUGAGGAUCAGCUAAGGUUCUGCUCAGACAAGGUUCAGCAACUUGCACAAGAAAGAUUUCAAAAGUCAGUUUCAUUGGAAAAUACGCAAAAGCGAUUGUCAGAUGUGAGGAGAUCAUCUCAUCAUGCAAGGGAGUCACUGGAGGACUCACAAUCUAAGAUUGAGAAAAGUCGAAUGGCAUUAGUGGAGUUGCAGAUUGAGUUAGAGAGAGAAAGGUUUAACAAGAAAAGAAUUGAGGAGGAAUUGGAAGUGGUGAGAAGAAAGAUGGUACGUCUUCGAGCCGAGACAGAAGGAUCAUCAAUAAUAGAAAGGCUUCAACAAGAACUUAGAGAGUACAGGGAAAUACUGAAGUGCAGUAUCUGUCUUGACAGACCGAAAGAGGUUGUUAUUACAAAAUGCUACCACCUCUUCUGUAACCCUUGUGUACAAAAAAUCACCGAAAGUCGUUACCGCAAGUGUCCAGUCUGUGCUGCAAGCUUUGGUGCUAAUGAUGUUAAACCUGUUUAUAUCUGAUAUUGGAGCUCUCAUUUGCAACCACUUGUCCGUGAGAUUCAGCAUCUUGCGUGCAUCCCACGACACAAGACAUAUGGAUACUCACAGGUUCCCAAGCAUUUUUAUUU